UUUAAAGUUCAAAGAGACACUGGAUAACAAUAAGGAAGAGGUAAGAGUGGCUCUUAUCAAGCCCCUCAACAAGAAGAAUAAUGGCUGACAAAGCAGAGCAUACAUUAUCACACCUGGUGGUUCCUGUUCUUCUCCUGAUUGGCUGGAUUGUGGGCUGCAUCAUAGUGGUAUAUGUUGUCUUCUCUUAAAAAGGCAAGAAGACUUUAGACUUACAUCAUUUAGAAGAA